GCGGCGGUGGGCGGGGCGGGUGGCUGUGGCGGCGGCUGAGCGGUGGCCGCGGUGGCAGCGGAGCGGAGCCCCAUGGUGCCGGUGCGCGGGCCGCGGUGGCUGAGCGAGGCGGCGCCGCCAUGGGCUCCCUGUUCCGCAGCGAGAGCAUGUGCCUGGCGCAGCUCUUCCUGCAGUCGGGCACGGCCUACGAGUGUCUGAGCGCGCUGGGCGAGAAGGGCCUGGUGCAGUUCCGAGACCUCAACCAAAAUGUAAGUUCUUUUCAAAGAAAAUUCGUUGGCGAGGUAAAGAGGUGUGAAGAACUAGAACGAAUAUUGGUGUACCUGGUGCAGGAAAUUACCAGAGCUGAUAUUCCCCUGCCUGAGGGAGAGGACAGUCCUCCCGCACCACCUCUUAAACACGUUCUAGAAAUGCAGGAGCAGCUGCAGAAGCUGGAGGUGGAGCUGAGAGAAGUCACCAUGAACAAGGAGAAGCUGAGGAAGAACUUGCUGGAACUAGUGGAGUACACCCACAUGCUGAGGGUCACAAAGACCUUCCUUAAGCGGAACGUGGAGUUUGAACCCACUUAUGAAGAGUUCCCCACCUUAGAGAACGACUCUCUGUUGGACUACAGCAUGCAGAGGCUGGGCGCCAAGCUGGGAUUCGUAUCUGGCCUGAUUCAGCAAGGCAAAGUCGAAGCAUUUGAAAGAAUGCUGUGGCGGGCCUGCAAAGGGUACACCAUCGUGACCUAUGCAGAGCUGGACGAGUCCCUGGAAGAUCCCGAGACGGGUGAAGUCAUAAAGUGGUACGUGUUCCUGAUUUCCUUCUGGGGAGAGCAGAUUGGCCACAAGGUUAAGAAGAUUUGUGACUGUUACCACUGCCAUGUCUACCCGUAUCCAAACACGGCUGAAGAACGCAGGGAGAUUCAGGAGGGGCUCAAUACUCGGAUCCAAGACCUCUACACUGUGCUGCACAAAACGGAGGAUUAUCUGCGGCAGGUGCUGUGCAAGGCUGCUGAGUCAGUGUGCAGCCGUGUAAUACAGGUGAGGAAGAUGAAAGCCAUCUACCACAUGCUCAACAUGUGCAGCUUCGACGUCACCAACAAGUGCCUCAUAGCUGAGGUCUGGUGCCCUGAGGUGGACCUGCCAGGCUUGCGCAGAGCUCUGGAGGAAGGCUCGAGAGAGAGCGGAGCUACAAUCCCCUCGUUCAUGAACACAAUCCCUACAAAAGAAACGCCGCCCACUCUGAUCCGCACCAACAAGUUCACCGAGGGCUUCCAGAACAUCGUGGAUGCCUAUGGUGUUGGCAGCUACAGAGAAGUGAACCCAGCUCUCUUCACCAUCAUCACCUUCCCAUUCCUGUUCGGUGUGAUGUUUGGUGACUUCGGGCACGGCUUUGUCAUGUUCCUGUUUGCCCUCUUGCUGGUGUUGAACGAGAAUCACCCGAGACUAAGCCAGUCGCAGGAGAUCCUUAGGAUGUUCUUUAAUGGCCGAUACAUCCUGCUGCUGAUGGGGGUGUUCUCCGUGUACACCGGCCUCAUCUACAACGACUGCUUCUCCAAGUCUGUGAACAUCUUCGGCUCUGGGUGGAAUGUGUCUGCCAUGUAUAGCUCCAGCCGCUCUCCAGAGGAGCAGAAGAAGAUGGUGCUUUGGAAUGACAGCACCGUCAGGCGCAGCAGGACUUUGCAGCUGGACCCAAGCAUCCCCGGAGUUUUCCACGGCCCCUACCCUUUCGGCAUUGACCCGAUUUGGAACAUGGCCACAAAUCGCCUCACUUUCCUCAAUUCCUUCAAGAUGAAAAUGUCUGUGAUUUUAGGAAUUAUUCACAUGACUUUUGGUGUCAUUCUGGGAAUAUUUAACCACUUGCACUUCAGGAAGAAGUUCAACAUCUACCUGGUCUCAGUCCCUGAGAUCCUGUUCAUGCUCUGCAUCUUUGGGUACCUGAUCUUCAUGAUCAUCUACAAGUGGCUGGCGUACUCGGCAAAGACCUCUCAAGAGGCCCCCAGCAUCCUGAUUGAGUUCAUUAACAUGUUCCUGUUCCCAUCCAGUGAGACUCGCAACUUCUACCCAGGGCAGGCACAAGUCCAGAGAGUGUUGCUGGCCCUCACCGUGCUGGCCGUCCCCGUGCUCUUCUUAGGGAAGCCGCUCUUUCUGCUGUGGCUGCACAACGGACGCAGCUGCUUCGGCGUGAGCCGGAGCGGUUACACACUUGUGAGGAAGGACAGUGAAGAAGAGGUGUCCUUGCUGGGCAGUCAGGACAUAGAAGAGGGGAGCAACCGCAUGGACGAAGGCUGCCGGGAAGUGACAUGCGAGGAGUUUAACUUUGGGGAGAUCCUGAUGACGCAGGCCAUCCAUUCCAUCGAGUACUGCCUGGGCUGCAUCUCCAACACUGCGUCCUACCUGCGGCUCUGGGCCCUCAGCCUGGCGCAUUCACAGCUCUCUGAUGUGCUGUGGACCAUGCUGUUACGUGUGGGCCUGCGUGUGGACAGCACCUAUGGGGUCUUGCUGCUGCUGCCUGUCACGGCGUUCUUUGCAGUUUUGACCAUUUUUAUUCUUCUGAUCAUGGAAGGGCUUUCUGCAUUUCUCCAUGCCAUACGCCUUCACUGGGUAGAGUUUCAGAACAAAUUCUACGUUGGUGCAGGCACCAAAUUUGUUCCUUUCUCCUUCAGUCGGCUCUCCUCCAAGUGCAGCAAUGAUGACAACAUAGCAUGACGCUGCUGUAGCCAACCCGCUCUCAGAUUCAUGGAGAACGAUCAUGUUACAGAAUUCACUCAAGUUAGAUUUACGACAGGAAAAUUCCACCCUCCUUGAUUGCCUUACGAUUCAGCCAAAUGAUUCUGUAAGAUACGUCUCUCCCUCAUGUUGAAGAUUUUGUAAAACUCACCACUUCAGACACAGAAAUUUCGUUGGUUUUUAUUAUGAGCAAAUAUAGGAAAACGCCAACGUUGCUUUGAAGGUAUUUUUUAAAGUGUAAGAUUGGAGAAGAAAAGCCAGAUGAACAGCUAGCUAAAAAUGGUCUUAGAUGCUUGAUUCCUUUUCAACUUUAAAAAAACAUGAAGUGAUUUUGUCUCAAGAAGAGGUCAGAUAAUAUUUUCCAACAGCUCCAGUUAAGCAUAGUUUUUCAGACAUUACUUCUGGGUCAUCAUCAGGUCCCCUGCCUGCUCAAGAAUGUGUGUUUUUUCUCUCUGGACGCUCUCAAAAUCACCAGGAGGGGCAGCGUGCCAGGCCAAUCUUGUUUCAAUAAUUGGAGGAAAUGGGACAAAAUAACACACCAGAUGGCUCUCCCACUUGUAAAUUUUUAGAAGAUUCUUGUCCUCUUACCCUUAUGUCAGACCAGUCAUGACAGUUGUACAUUCUGAAAGAUGACUUCCUGAGCCUUAAAACCCAGUGCGCUUACAGGGGAAGACAGGUAAAAAGUAGAGUGUGUAUUUUUAUAGCAAAGGACAGAUGAAGAUAUUUUACCACAGAGGGUUUGCUUCUACUUGGGAACAGUAUAAUUUUUUACUUUAGCACUAAUUCUAAAUAAAGGUCUGAUGGCCACACAGUUAAAUUUCCAAAAACUGUUCAGGUCAGUUGAAAACUAACUCUCACUAAUCUGUGAAUUUAUGAUCUUGUCUAUAAAAACCGCCUCUUUUUGUGCUGCUCAGCUUUGCACAGAGUUGGCUUAGUCCCGCUGAACACUUGGAUAGUCUUUUAAAUUAUGUUCAUCCUCACGUUUUGCAGUAAGUGUUUGUAGAUAAGUAUGUCAGAAAGAAACCUGAGGCUGAGGUGUGGCUUGGUUGUUAGAUCCCCAGAACCACCUUGCCCAGGUGUAGAGGCAAGGAGGAUCAGGAAGCGCGGGGAUACCCUUGGCUCUGUGUUGAGGCCAACCUGGGCUACAUGACACCCUAAAGAGAGAAGGGAAUCUAACAUAUUUCUGCUCUCUUGAAAUUCUGACACCUCCCCCCCGGCCCCUCCAGCUCCGAGUGGUAGAGAGUGGGGCUCUUCCAUUAAAAGCCAAGCCCCUGGCAGCCGAUUUAGCGGCCUCUCCAGUACAGGAGCUGCCUGCUGAGAGGCCUGGGCUGUCUGGGCUACAGCUGGACUGGAAAUCAGACCUCGCCAAGCUGCCGUGGAGGCUGCACUGAUGGGCAGUGAAGCUCCAGCCUUUGUGCCACAUGCCAGCCUCCUGGCGUUAACCUGCUGGUGGCUGGAGAAGGAAGGGCUUCCGAGUGUUAGACCUGCUCUUACCUGUAUAGGGUGCCACCUCCAUGAUUUUACUUGGGAUUCUCUGUGGCUCCAGGUUCUUUGGUCAUCACGGAGAUAACUGAUUCCAGGGACAAGGCCCAAACAAGAGAUGGAAUUUUUUGCCAUGUUUACAGUCCCUGUUGGCAGCUGUGAUGGGGCCACUUUUUCAUUGGAACUGGCCCCUCGUAGGGCACAGAAUGCACAGCGAGUGACUUCUCACUUGCAGUCUAUCACAGUUACAUAGAAUGUCAUUGCUCAGACAUAAAUCACUCCUUUGUGAGCCCUCUGGAAAUAUAAUAGCAUCCACACAGAGGGAAGCAAGCAGCUUCCCGGUGGGGUCACAUGCUCAUCUUCCUAGAACAGUGUCAACAGAGCCACGUGUUCCCCACGUCACAUAGACUCAUGCUGGCGGAGACGCGUGGCAUUUCCAGUGGAGGCAUGCAAAAACGGCUCUGAGCUCCUGGACCUCCAACAUGGGACCUGCGACAGACUCCUCUUAGCCCACCGCCUCCCCUGGCCGAAGUUCUGGAAUGGGCCUGUGUGCUUUGAGAUAUUUAAUGCCACUCAUGCAGGCCUGGGCCUUGCAAUCCUCUUGCCUCAAGUCUCUCAGCUGGCACUGCAGGGGUGGUGGCCGUGGCCAGGAGUGGGUAUAGUGACCUCCAGGCCCACUGCUCCCCCGCUGUACUGUAAUAAGGCAUGGACUGUCUGUUGGUAACAUACAGGCUGGCAAAUCAAGCUGUGAUUUAGAGUUUGACCCGUUUUGGAAAAGAAAAACACAAACCCAGCUCUCUUGAGGGUUUAAAUCUGGGUGUGCUGGCACGCCGCACCAGCCAGGCGGGCCUCACGAACUCUCAUGAUGCUGUGAGUCGGCAUUUUGGAGUACUGCUCUUCCGCCGGCAAAGAAAUCCUCCGAAAAUGCCACUCUGCAGGAUGAUUUUACAAGACCGGGUUCUGCAGCUGGGACACGCAGCAGAAACCCCGGAGCCAGUCAGGACAGCAUUGCACAGGUGCAUGGAAGGACUAACCUGCCUGUCGCUAUUGAACUUCCUUUUGCUAGUGACAAAUAAAUCUAUAUUUUUGAGA